AUGGCUAGCAACCGUGUUAAAGUACUCCUGCACUAUGGUGGUUUGUUUUCCGGGGGUUCAUAUCUUGGUGGAGUGGCAGAGCUGAUGAGAAUGAAUUACGGCAGACAAAUGUAUUCUGAAGUAGUUUGUCGUGCUCAAGCAAUAUUAAAGGCCAAUCCUUGUAAUUUUGAGUACAUAUUGUGGACAGUAUUUGAUGGAAUGGAACGACCAGUGAAGAUGAAAAUCGAAUCCAAUGACGAUAUCUUAGAGCAGAUUGAAGUACAAGGAAAUCUGAACAUUUACCUGGAUUCUGCAUUUUCCCACAAGGCCCCAUAUUCAUAUCAAGCAGGCCCUAGUUCAUUUACAUUUACACAUACUGGAUAUCCUCGGGAUGCUGAUGAUCCAACGGCAGGUUGUUCGAACCAACCAGGUCAUUCUCGUGAUGAUGACAAUAAUGAUGACCAAACCAACACGCACAAUGAUGAUUCAAGUGAUGAAGACAAAGAGGUCAAUGAGAAGCAAAUGUUCAAGCUUUUCAGGGCGUGGUAUUGCGAGCAUAUUGAAGAGCUAAGAUUAAUUACCGACCAUAUUAAGGCUGAAAGUCUUGCAUAUAAGAAUCCAGGUAGCACGCGGCAAUCAGACAUUGAGCAACGAAUGUGGUCCCUUCAUAUGACGCCCACGACAACUCGAUCAGAUAGACAACCCAUCCACUUACCCUUGAACAAUUUAGAAUUAUCUUUGGGGUCUGUCUUUCUUUCGAAAGAUGAGUUGAUUUGUGCCAUCCAACUUUAUCACUUGCAACAAAAAGUUGAGUGUCGAACACCCAAAUCUUGCACUUCUAGGCUAACCUCUAUCUAUCGACAAAUCCCCAGACGGUAUGUACACGGAGAAUUAUUGAGCAAAUGCGGGAGGAGCAUGGUUUGUCGAUCAGCUACAACGUGUCCCUCCGAGCAAGACACCGUGUUUUUGAAAAAUUUUAUGGGGGUCAUUAAGAAUCAUGGGGGCGGCUUCCCGGUUACUUGCACAUGUUGCGGGUUCGUAAUCCAGGUCCAAUUGUUGAACUGCGACGGGAUGGCGAGGAAAAAUACAAGGGCAUUAUGUUUGUUGCAGCCACAUUGGACGGGAAUCACCAAAUCUUUCCCCUCGCAAUUGGCAUUGGUCUUGGACAUAUUUUACAAGGUGGCAUAUUGUUAUCGGCGUGAAGACUUCUUUCGUUACUUGUCAGCCAUUCAAAGCCAAAAACUCGAAGCAUUUAGAAAGCUAACUAAUGAAAUUCCGUUUGAACAACAAACUCCUAUGGGCCAGGAUGUUACUCGUUUGCUCGUUGUUGGAUGUGUUCGGGCAACGAUAGAGAAAUGGUUUGCUGUUCGGCGUGCAUCCGCCGAGGGUCGCAAUCAUCCGCUAACGCAGUGGACUCAAUUGCGGUUGGAUCCUUUGUUCAAGAAAGAUCUACUACCUUGCUUACAUGCAUCUACGGCCAUUCGGGAAGCCGGGUUAGAUAUAAUGGAUUUCGUUAACGACCAUUACAAAACUUACUCAGUUGCAAAGAUGUACCAAAGCACCAUUAACCCGGUCCUGCAUCCAGAUGAGUGGCACUUGCCCCCAAAAAUUAUGCGUAUAAAGGUAAUUCCGCUAAAUGAUCCCAAACAAGCAGGUCGGCCACAGACUCAACGUUAUUCCGCUGGAGAAGGAUCAUCACGCCGAGUACGGCGUCAGCAGAUGUGCUCUCGGCGCAGGGUCACCGGGCAUAACAGGGCGAAGUACCCUCUAUACGAUGGUGAUAAUGACUUUUUUUUUUUAAAUGAAGAAGGUCAAAACGCACCAACUCCUCAUCCAAGAACAACAUCGAGACGCCCAAGGAGAUGUCGUACUUGUAAAGAAACAGGUCACAAAUCGUCAUCUUGUCCAUCACGUCCAUUCCAUGACAAUUUAGAUGAAGAUGGAGACGUUAUGUAA